CAGUCUUUAAAUGGCGUUAACUCUAGCAAGUCUUGUCAGCUGUCAUCAGCACGAUGACGCCUCGUGGGUGACAGGGGGAGCAUUGGGCGCUGAGGUGUGUCCGUUCGGCAGCCUCGUGCAGCAUGGACAGCGAUGACGAGAACUUAGAGGAGGUCGUGGAAGGUAAACAACACCUUUCUGUAGUUCUGUGUCCAGUAGACACACAAAAUAGGCUAUCUGCUGCGACUAAUCUCUGCGGUUAUAAAUUCCACUCUAAAUCUCCACGGUUCAGUCUGUCGGAAGGCCCGCGCGGUAACUCCAGACGCCCCGGACUUUAUUAAGCAGGGAACCCGCUUGGCAGGGGAGCUAGAACGGCCUGAGUGAUGUCAGGGUCUCGCUGAUGGUCCAGCUGCUGGAAGGCUGUAUCUGACCGUCAAUGUAGAUCAGGACGUGAACGGUUACGUUGGAAUUCCUUACGUUCUACUGCGCGUGCGUUCGAUUUUUGACAACAUUGAUCACAUUGUGUCCUUUAAUGAGGCGUGAUUUGUUGAUACACUGUAUCUACGGUAUGUGGUAUGUUGAUACACUGUAUCUAUGGACCGACUGAGUGUAACGUGAAUUAUCUCAUUCACUCAGGGCGGGUCAGUAAAAUGUUACCAGAAAUUAAUUAAUGUAAGCGUGUCACGUGACAGACUUAUGCUUUUUUUUGUGAAUGAAACUCCAGCAUAAAGGAGGAAAGAAGUUGAAAACGUGUCAGCUCUUAUAGCUGGGUCCAGACCCACAAAUCUGGGUGGGACUGGACGAACAAUGGUGGGUAUUAAUACUUCACUGACUGGAAGGGAGAGCAAGGGAGCAUUUGAAGUUAGAGUCUGACUGUUAAGUAUUACUGAAUAUUCCCACUUAUGCACACUAUACCUUUAACUUCACGUAAUUAUGACUCAAAAACAGACAAACAAACAACGAAACUCAGGAUGCCUCACCAACCCCCCCAAUGGCAGCAUGGCCUGUUGUAAUGUGGUUUAUCAGUGUCUUUUUUAUUUGUUUUCUGCACAAAAUCUUUCCCAUUAUCAAAGAAAAAUCAGCUUUGAGUCUUUGUAAAAAUCAAAAAUAUAUAUCAAUACCUGUUUGAAUACCAUAGCAACAAAAAGGAGAUGUGUAUGCUGUCUGUAUGUUCUGAUUUCUUACAAAUGUUGGUAUUUUAUGAGCAUCAAUAACUUUGGCGUGUGAAACUCAAUCAGCAAUCCACAGGCCAGGACUGAUGAAAAAUACGAAGGGACAUUAGGUGUCGUUCUUGUCUCCCUCCUCUGCUCUCUGUCUGGAACAGACAUAAAUAUAAUGUCUGUGUCCGUCUUUGAUGCUAAGAGGACAAAAAAAUUGUAUUUUCCAACCUUUGCAUAAGAAAAGUUAGCAGAGUAGUGAUUGUGAUGGAGGGCAGAGCAGAGACGCACACAGCAGGAAGGUGAGACCUCCGCUGCAAACAGACCUUCCUGCACACAUGUGAAAAGGUGUGGACAUGUCUUUAAGUGUGAAUGGUACAACAGUUAGAAAAUAUUUUUAUGAGUUUUUAUUAUAUUUAUUUUGCCACAUGAUUACCACCAGUAUGCUCUGACUUAGCUUGUGUCUGUACAGAUCACACUGCUGCUCCAUCUUUCACGUUCAGCUCUCACUGAUAGGGGGGAAAUGAUUUGAAAAUCAUUGUAUUCUGUUUUCCACACAAUAUUUUCCAAUGUCAUUGGAAUUGGGGUUUGUGUGAGCAUGGAUCUGUUUCAUUUUUCAUACACAGAACUUUGGUGCUUUGUGAUAGUACACAGGCAAGUCACAGCACUACAGCAGACUCACAAUUUAAAAGAGAGGGCUUGGUUUGGAAAGCUGGGCGGGUCAGCUGCUUUUUGAUCGAUGCACUAUCAAGACACUAUAUAUGUUACACUAUACAAGUAUGCCAUAUCAUCAGAUUUUUUUGUUUGUUUUGCUCAGGCUGGAUAUCAUUGCAAAUGGGGCCUGAUAGAGCCAGUGGGCCUGGAAUCUGACCCCUGUUUUUAAAGAUUUCUUAAGGGAGACAAAGUAAAAAAAAAAAAAAAACAGAUACUGCAGCUUUUAUAAGAGACAGAGUCCAACGUACUCUAUUUCAUAAAGUGAGCCAAACAGUAUUCAGAGUUUAACAGGGCAGAGGGAGAUUACAGAAACAAAGGAUGAGAGUCUGUAGACUGACAACUGAGAGGAGGCGAGAACACACUUAGUCAGAUCAAACCAUUUGAGCUCUGUGUGUUGUUGUGUCUGUGUAACUGGUGUCUGUGUGCACAUUCAGGCCCACUGGAUGAGGACGGUCAGCCUCAUGGGUUCUGCACAGUGACAUACUCCUCCAGCGAUCGUUUUGAAGGACACUUCACCCACGGAGAGAAGAAUGGAAAAGGCAAAUUCUUCUUCUUUGAUGGAAGGUACGGUGAAGGAAACACAAUAAAUAAAGGCACAAACCCUAGAUAAACUGACAUGAUUUCUCAUCAUUUGAUAGUUUGCACAAAUGUUUGAACUUUGUGCAAAAAAAUACAGAACGUGUUGAUCAAACUGGAGAAAUGUAUUUCUUUUGGUAAAUUAAGUGCUUACUUAGAGAUUUUAGCUGGCAAUAUAUUUAGAAAAAAGAUGAACAAGGACAACAAAAGACUUAAGUCUUGUUGUGCUAAAGGAAAACAACUUGUGGAUUAUAUCACAAUCUAGUACCGUAAUGUUAAUUUGCAACAAAGAGAUCAAUCUAGAGAGGCUGAGUCUCUAAGAAGUCAAAAUUGCAUCAUUCUGUGAGCGACUGCGAGCAAAUAUUUCAAUAAUAUCAGAAUAAUGUUGCUCAGUCAGCUCAUUGAAAGAUUCAGAGAACCUCAAACAUGGGGUCACUACAUUGAUAACAGAAGUGACUCUGUAGUGGAAAUCACUGCAUGAGCUCAGAAUCACCUCAGAAAACUGUUGUGUAUGUAAACACAUGUUUUGCUGCAUCUGCAAAGCAGGUUAAAACUGCACCAUGCAAAAUGGACACCACAGGUAAAUGUGAUCCAGAAAUGCUACUGCCUUUUCUUGGUCCAAGCACAUUUAAGGUGGACUGAGUGAAGUGGAAAACUGCUCUAUUAAAACUGGACUCUUUUCUUAAGAAAAAUAAAUAAAUAAAGUUAAGGAUAGUCUCAAAAGGAGAGGCUGCUGAAGAUUGUAUUCAGGUUUAUAGGCAUAUUCUAUUAGUCUAUAGGAGAAACUAUCUUAAAACUUUACUCUGUUUCACCACCUCAGGCUCAACCUAUUACUACAGUACUGUAGUGCCAAAGGUAGAUAGGAUAAUAGCUGUUAUUUUUAAUAGCUGCUCUUCCUGUGUGUGUGUGUUUCUCUGCAGCACCCUGGAGGGUUUCUAUGUUGACGAUGCUCUGCAGGGUCAGGGGGUGUACACGUAUGAGGAGGGUGGUGUCCUCCAGGGGACAUACGCGGACGGCGAGCUGAAUGGACCUGCUCAGGAGUUUGAUGGGGAGGGCCGCUUGGUGUUUAAGGGCCAGUACAAAGACAACAACCGCUGUGGGGAGUGUCGGGUUUACUACCCUGUGAGUUCACUCAGCACUGCAACACAACAACAUCUGUGUUUAACACAUUCAGCGGGAGGCCUCUGUCCUUCAAUGUCACUAACCGGGUGUCAAUGAAAGACAAUUCUGUGAAGCUGUGCCAGGUAACAAACUGUAUAAGAAUGGAAUAUGAUGAUGGAUAGCCACGGAUGUUUGAAAUCUGGGGGGAUAUUUUGAGGCAAAGCUACACAUUUGAUAACUUAUAGCUUCAAGACAACAGUUAAAACUAUAAUUCAACACUUUCUAGCCAACAUUACCAGUUGAUAAUGUCACACAAAAGGCUAUGCCAAAAAAAAAAAUCCUAGCUAACCAUACAAAAGAGCUAACGUUUUGCCAAAGACAAAUCUGAAAGUGUUGCAUGAUGUGAUAGGAAAGUGUAAGUUCAUUGUCAACAUUUUUGUUAGCUAGAAAUUAGCUUGAAUGCUCACGUUGGACAAACAGUUUCAACUUGAAAUAUGACUCGAUUUCACACCAGAUUUUCACCCUCCACUGUUAAUCAGCAUGUGAGAAUUUCAACAAUUACCCAGAUACUUAUUUGAUUCCAUAACAAAUCUGAAACACAACUGUACAACAUUAUUAGAAUCACAUACUCCCUCGUCACGCUCUGCUUCCUACCUGUGGAGCUCUCUGUUAAAGACUAUGAGGUGAGCUCAUCACAGUAAAAAACUGAAAAGAAAACCCUGCAGGACUAUCCAAUCAUUGCUGUUGUGCACUGAAAACAUGCAGCCCAAUGUUGGCAAGGGAUCAAAUACAAGCAACAGUGUUAUACUGAGUGUAUUUUCAGAAACUUCCUUGAAAUAGUAAGAAGAAGAAAAAGAACUUUAGUGAUCCCUGAAGAGAAAUUCAGUAAAUACAUAGAUAUAAAUUUUUCAAUGCACUGCAUUUUGUCUUGCCUGUAUUAUACCAUCAUACAUUAUACCAUCAAAAUAUCCUGUCUUUGGUGAAAACUGCACCAUAUACACGUUCUUAGGGAUGCACUCCACUGUUUCCAAUUUGCCUUUGCACAGAAUGGCAUGAUGAUAUAAUGUUAGUGAGUAAAAGGACAUCACACAAAUUUUCACAAUCCAUUACUAUGAGUACGCCAUCUAAAGUAAAUGGUUAUUGUCUUGGUCUUGCUCAUCCUGAUUUGCAUCAUCACUUCACAAUAUUUUGCUUUUUAUCUGGCAACCAAUAAAAGAUAUAAACAGGUUCUCACAAAAUGUUGAUUUUAUAGUGUAGUAAAAAGUGAGACGUGUGAAAUUUGGGACACAAACUUUAAAAGUCCACCUUAUUUGAGUUCCAGCAUUAUUCAGGCCUCUAGUCAAUCACAAUAUGUUGAACCUGCCUUUGUUAAACCAUGUAAACCAUGGGUUAACAACAGAGGAAACAGAUCAAAAGCGAAAGAUAACCUUUGUUGACAGUGUGUGUUGUGCAUGUUGGUGUGUACUGUGGUGAGUCCAGGAUGGAGGCUGUGUGUUUGGGGAGGUAAAUGAAGAUGGCGAGUUGACCGGUGAAUCUGUGGCAUACAUCUACCCUGACGGACUCACGGCAUUGCACGGGAACUUUGUGGACGGAGAGCUGAUCGAGGCUCGCUGUGCCACCCUGAUCCCCAAUCAGAGUGGAAGGCAACGCUUUGAAAUCACACCCAACAGUAAGUCACCGUGUCUCAAAUCAGAAAAUUAAUAAAGCUUUAAAAUCGUUUUGAAUUGUGUUAACAUAAUUAUGUUACGUUACUUUGUCUUCAGGCCCGGUUUACUCAUACGACAAGUCCACGUCCUCCUGUAUCGCAACUCACACUCUGCUGCCUGACCCUUAUGAGAGCAAAAUGUGAGAUUUUAAACUAAAUUAUGUUAGCAUGAUGUCAAAAUCACACAUACAGCAUCAGGACCAGAAUAAAACUUGCAGACUUGAGUGCUCCUCUCCAUAUUUUCACCAUAAUGUUUCUGUGCCAGGGUGUUUGUGGCAGACUCCAUGAUUAAAGGAGCGGGUCAGGGCCUAUUUGCCAAGAUGGACACUGAGACUAACACCGUGGUGGCCUUUUAUAACGGAGUACGAAUCACACACUCUGAGGUAUGACACACCUGGAAGGCACUACACUUGAAGUGUGCAUAAAAAAACAACCAUAAUCAGGAUAAACAAAGAGCUAAAAUCAUACAACUUGAUGCACAAACGAUUUAGAUAUUGUUGAAGUAAGAGAAGCUGAAAUGUUUAAUGCUGAACAAGUGGAAAAAGGUGAACAGAAGUGGAUCAUUAAAGAAAUAUUGAGCAUGAAGAAAAGGCUUAAAAUGUUAAAUACUUCACCAUAUGGUUAAAAUAACGUGUUAAUCGUUGAACUGUUAAUAUUAAAAUAAUGGAUGCCAGUCUUUGGUACCAAUUAAUAAUUAAAAUGUUUAGCCAAAAUAAAAAUAGCUGUUAAAAAAGUUUGCAUUAAUGGUAAACAGCUCAAAGUGCUGGCUGAACAGUGAAAAAACAGAGUUAAAUGUAACAAUUAAAAAAAAAAAAAAAAAAAAAAAAAAAGAGGCUAAGCUAUAGAUUUGAAUGAUUGGAUUAAAUAAAUAAAUAAGAAGUCAGAGUCAACGAAAAUUCUUUAAGUACUGAAUCAGAGUUAACAUUUGUUAAAUCACAGGUGCACAUUGUAAAGCAGCACAGACUUGGUAACAAUGUAAUGACAUAUCUAUAUGUAUAUCUUAAUUCGUGUAUAAUCAACUAUAUAUAAACAUUGUUUUGUUUUCAUCAACUUUUGGUGAAUUUCCACCAGGUGGUUUGGUUUGGUUUGGCACAGUUUGGUAUGCGUUGUUAUGGUUCAGUAUGGUUUAUUACAGUGAACCCUGCUCUUGUGUGUCUACAGCCAACUGUACUCUGGCACUUCACUCUGGAGGCAUGUUGGCUCUGUCUCACAGGCUGCAAAUCAAGACAAUAGACGGCUUGCCUAUUCUCCUUUGCAAACCACAUGCUGAUUUCAGCAGAAAUAUAUAUAUAAAUAUAUAUAAAUUAUAUUUAUAUAUAAUGGUAUUUAUAUAUAUAUAUUCAUGAUAUAUAAAUAAAAGUGUACAGAAUAAAGAUAUACGCUCUCCUUUUCAACAAGUUGUAUUGAAUUGGGCUCCAGCCUUUGGGGUUUGGUACCAAGACAAAGGGUUACUGACAGUAGGUUAAUACAUUAUGCUUAUUUGGAGAUUUUUCCCAACUUUCGGAAACUGAUAACUGUGUACCGAACUGGACCGGAAACUAGUUUGGUUCAGAGACCUUUUUGUUUUCAGUGAGUGGCUGCAUGACAUGGACCGGUCUAGAAGAAGAAUGGUUGUUAUUUUGCAUAAAAUGAUUUGUACUGAUAGACAUUUUGAUGGUAAAAGUUGUACAAAUGAAGCAUCUUUGGAGCUUUUUGUCCUUGAAGGCCACCAUUGCUUCACAGACAGAGGGGGUGAGCAAGAGAGCAUUUCAAUCCAGAGUCUGAUAUUGCUGAAUAUUUGUUGUCUUUCAUUGAAAAGCAGAACAGCUGAAAUAGCUUAAAAAAUGAACAUGAAGAAGAAAAUCUGAAGUUCAAAUAAAAUAUAGUCCAAACACCAAGCUUAUAAUAAAAGUCACAAAUCGGUUUAAAAUCGUUAACUGUCAGCUUAACUAUUAAACUAGCCUAAAAUGAUGUGAUCAGUUUUAAUUCGUCAAAGGAAGAGCAUUUUUUCUCCACCUUUUACAUUCAUCUGUAGUUUUUAGAUUACUUGUAUUGUUUUAACCCUCUUUCUUUUUUUUUUUCUUUUUUCUUCAUUGACCAUGUGGCGCCCUUAGGUGGACAGCAGGGACUGGUCACUGAACGGAAACACAAUCUCACUGGACGAGGACACUGUGAUUGACGUCCCGCAGCCGUUUGACCAGAUGGACAGAUACUGUGCAUCUCUUGGCCACAAGGCGAAUCACUCCUUCACCCCUAACUGCAAAUAUGACCCGUGAGUACAAAGAGAGAACAAGACCGCACAUUGUAGGACUUGCGAAAGGCUUUUUUUUUUUCUGAAUGCCAAAGGUCAUCUUUAAUUUACUGGUCCAGGAUAAUCAGUAUAGUGGCGAGUGUUUGGUGUGUCUAACAGAAUACACUUUGAAAAUCCUACAUCACCAAAGAAAUACAUAUACAAUAAUCACAGAAGACUGCACCAACCACAAUUCACAAGGAACUUCAUGCACUAAAUCCACAUAUGCAUGACCUCUCAGAUGAAAUCACUGGCCAGGUCAGUUUUGUGUUUUUUUUGUAAAUUCAUGCACGAGCUGCCCAUUCUUUACAGUGAUGACGUCAGAUUUAGAGUGCAUGAAAUCGUAAUGCUCACCUACCACUAAACUGAGGAGAAGACUCUUAACAUGUUACCAUAGUAACUUACUAAACUAAACUAAACUAAACUAGAUUGUCUUUCCAGGAUUAAUGCCAGUUAUAUUUAAAGUCAAAUACUUGACUUUAGGGAUGGUUUUAUCAGCGUGAUGUGAGUUUUAAGGAGUAAUGUUUAAUUUAAAUACUGACAUUUAAAUAAGAACUAUUAGGGAAAUGUGCAGCUCAUCAUCCAAUUAUUUGGAUGAACAUUUGAAUAAUUGUUAACGAUUUCUUACUCUUAUUUUAUUUGGACCAUCAGUUUCAAGACUUACUCUAACCCAACAGCCAGACCCAGACAAGAAGACCAUAAAAUCUCACCAUUUAGUUUCAAACAAAUUAUCUAAGGCAGAAUUCAGUGAAGUUAGGUUUUAGAAAAUGGAUGUUUUUAUUUUGUUUUUGCUGUGGACAGGUUUAUCCACCCUCGUUUUGGGCCAAUCAAGUGCAUCCGAACCCUGCGGCCUGUGCAGAAAGACAAGGAGCUGACUGUUGCUUACGGCUAUGAUCACGAAGCUACAGGGAAGAACGGCCCUGAGGCCCCUGACUGGUACAAACUGGAGCUGAAGGACUUCCAGCAGAGACAGGCGGCCUCCAGUGGGCAUUAAAACACCCCCUUGACUGUGUGACCUCCUUGAAAGACUCCUGCAGCAUCAUGGCACUUAAACACCCACAGUUUGAUCUGAAAGGAGGAAGAACUAUGCAACAAGAUUAGUUAUUUGAGACAUUAUCCCGACUGGAGGUGCUGCUCUGUCUGUUAUGAUCACUGUCUUCUUCUUUAAACAUGGAAAUCUAAAUCAAGAUUAAAUGUUUGGUGCUUAUUAUUAAGGAUAUGCUGAGAAUCUGUUACAGUUUGAACUUCAGUUACCUCUGUAUCAAAUGUUUCAACAGUUUUCCCAACAAGGCUCAGUAUUUAUUUAGAUAGCUCAAUCUGCACAUUUUAAACUUAACAGACCUAUUUACCUAAUGUAAAGCAUGAACUGUUUACCUUACUAAUCUAUUUAUUAUAUCUGAAGAUACUACAGUGCUGCAUUAACUGACUGAAUAUAAUAAGUCCUCUAGUUGAUAUAAGACAGACCUACAGAGCGAUUGUUACACUUUUCUAACCAUGUUAUCUGACAUAAUAUACUGCCAAAUAAAGUCAUACAGUUGAAAAGCAAAUUUA